AUAUAUAUAGCUUUAGAGACACGCGUUUACUGUGCCUCUUUUUUUUAUAUUUAUUUAUUUUUGUUUGUUCGCUUUAUAUCCCAGCCUCGCCAGCCGGGGACAAUUGCUGUCAGCUAACUUCCACGGUCUGUCGCCCGGACUGCCGCUUUAUGUAUCACUCUACUUCAGCGGUUUGACUUCCAGCCCUUCCCUCUCCAGCCGGGCCCCGAUGCUGAGGAAUGGAUAGUGUGUCUGCUAACGGUGGGAAGAUGGUCGAGAGUGAUGAGCAGCAGCCGGAGAGGCAGAGCGGCGGUGGCGCAGCGAUGGCCGCGCUCCAUCAGUGCGAGCUCAUCCAGAAUAUGAUCGAUAUCUCCAUCUCCAGCUUACAGGGGCUACGGACCAAAUGCGCCGCGUCCAACGACCUCACGCAACAAGAAAUCCGCACUUUAGAGGUAAAGCUGAUGAAAUACAUCUGUAAGCAGCUGCAGUGUAAAAAUAAAGUCCCAGAGACGGAGAGGCCCGAAGCCUUGGACAGCUACCCACACUUACGAGACUGGCUGCGCACCGUCAACCUGAGAGCAGAGCUCAUCCAGGCUGUGGAGGCGAAGUUGUCCCUGGACGCCUUACUGCAGAUGACCGGAGCUCAAGUGAGAGAUGCAAUGAGAAGACUUGGGUCCAGUUCAGAAGAAUGUGCACGACUUGGUGCUGCCCUCUCCUGUUUGAAGAGUGCCACUGAAUCAGGAGGUGAAAUGAAAGAGGACGGCGUUUCCUGGUUGUCUGAAUCCACCAGGAGGGACAGCGGAUCUCUACUAACCGCAGACCAGCUGCCCUACCUGGGAACUCCGCUUCGCCCACACAGUCCGUCGCCUCUAGCCCGCCCCUCCACCAUCCAGUCCACCCCAUCCACCCCCUCUGCGACCUUCCCUCAUCCCCGCUCUGGUUCAGUUUCAGCAGCACCUUCACCGGAUGGGCUGGGGUCAUACGGCCACAGUGACAGCCCCCUUACAGAUUUAUUCCCCAUGCCUCGGCCACGCACGACCCGGCUCCACGGACACACUUCCACCCCGCCCGUAACCCCGCCCACAAAAAGGCCCCACAAACUGAAGCCUCCUUGCACUCCUCCUCCUCCGUCUCGUAAGGUGCUGCAUCUGCUCCCCAACAUUACUUUGACACGCAGCAAAAGCCACGAGUCCCAGCUGGGCAAUCGUAUCGAGGAUCCUCCCAACAACAAGUGUUUAAAAAAGAACAAAUUGUUGCUGAAUAUGCAAAUGAACGGGAACGGAUGUGAGGACUCGCCUUCUCGAUACCCGGUCAAGUCUGCGCGGACCCCUGGAGGGACCCCGGUUCCCAACACUGCACCUUACACCCUGCCAGGGACGCCCACCUUGAUUGAGGAGCACAGCAUAAUUAAGACAUUGCACCGCAGCUCCCCGAAAGCAGUGAGGAGGGACAUCGGCCUAUCAGUCACGCACAGGUUUUCAACCAAGUCCUGGUUGUCUCAGACAUGUCAAGUGUGCCAGAAGAACAUGAUGUUCGGAGUUAAAUGCAAACACUGUCGAUUAAAGUGCCACAACAAAUGCACAAAAGAGGCUCCAUCCUGCAGAAUCUCCUUUCUACCAAUUGCCAAAAUCAGGAGGACCGAGUCAGUUCCUUCUGAUAUAAACAACCCUGUGGACCGGCCACAAGAAGCUCCACAGUUUGGUACUCUACCAAAGGCCAUUACUAAAAAGGAUCAUCCUCCUGUGAUGAACCAGCUUGACUCCAGCAGCAACCCAUCCUCCACCACUUCCUCCACACCGUCCUCCCCUGCCCCCUUCCAGCAGAGCAAUCCCCCAAGUGCCACCCCACCUCCGAACCCUUCGCCCAAAGGACACAGGGACAGCCGUUUUAACUUUCCAGCUGCGUAUUACUUUCAGCAUAGGCAGCAGUUUAUCUUCCCCGAUGUCUGCAGUCCUUCAAGCAUAUACUCUGAUGUCCUCCAAGAUACAGUGAGUGAGGUAGAGCAGUCUGCAGAUGACACACACACUGAGCUGGUAGAGGAUGAAGAUGAAGAGGAGGGAGACGAGGACAUUGAAGCUGAAGAUGAAGAUCCUGAAGAGGAUGAAGAAAACGAAGAAGAUGACGGGCAUGAGCACGGAGGGGAAUAUGAGGAGGACAGGGAGGACAUGAGGAUGAACAUUGGAUCGGACGGCGAGUGCGACCAGCUGGAUGAUCUGCCAUGUUCUCGUGGAAGCCAGUGGAAGGGCCCCAUCUCCCGCAAGCCCAGUCAGACGAGCGUGUACCUGCAGGAGUGGGACAUUCCCUUUGAGCAGCUGGACCUCGGAGAGCUAAUCGGAAAGGGUCGCUGGGGCAGAGUGCACAAGGGUCGGUGGCACGGCGAGGUGGCCAUCAGACUACUGGAGAUCGACGGAAACAACCAGGACCACCUGAAGCUUUUCAAGAAGGAGGUGAUGAACUACAGACAGACCAGACAUGAGAAUGUGGUCCUGUUCAUGGGGGCCUGCAUGGCUCCACCACACUUAGCCAUCAUCACCAGUUUCUGUAAAGGAAGGACUCUGUAUUCUGUUGUUCGGGACACUAAAAACAACUUGGAUAUCAAUAAAACAAGGCAAAUCGCUCAGGAGAUUGUUAAGGGAAUGGGUUACCUUCACGCCAAAGGCAUCGUUCACAAAGACCUGAAGUCCAAGAACGUUUUCCACGACACCAACAAAGUAGUGAUCACGGAUUUCGGCCUGUUUGGGAUUUCUGGUGUCGUUCAGGAAGGGAGGCGGGAGAAUAAACUCAGACUUCCACACGGUUGGAUCUGUUACCUCGCACCAGAGAUUGUGCGUAAAAUGAGCCCAGGUAACAAUGAGGACCGACUUCCCUUUUCCACAGCAGCAGAUGUUUACGCCUUUGGAACAAUUUGGUAUGAGCUCCAAGCCAGGGACUGGCCGAUCACUAACCAGCACAUUGAAGCCAUCAUCUGGCAGGUUGGGAGUGGAGAGGGCAUAAAGAAGGUUUUAGGGGAGAUCAGCCUAGGCAAGGAGGUCACUGAGAUCCUCUCUGCCUGCUGGGCGUUUGACCCGAGACACAGACCCACCUUCACUCAGCUGGCUGACAUGUUGGAGAAGCUGCCCAAACUCAACCGCAGGCUGUCCCACCCGGGACACUUCUGGAAGUCUGCCGAGUUGUAGCAGUCACUCUGAAACAUAAGCAAUGCAAAACAAAGCCUGGGUCUGCCUUGCAUGCUCCUGAAUCCUUUACUGUUACGGGAUUGAUCAAAGCAUUGCCUCUGCCUGAAACGGGCGCUCCAUCCACUAAUCCCCAGUCCAAUCUUCCGUGUCUAACCGUCGGUGUUUUUUUCUUGUUCGGAGGAGAAGAUGGAGGGACUGAAAUAUGAAAGACAGGGGCGGGGUGGGGCAGCCGGCAUCAUCCUCUUUGCUUUCCCUUUUGACGCGUCUUUAGACUCUCUUUGCCUUCGUUUUGGUUGGAUUCCCAAACAUCAGUUGGGCUUGUGAAUAACCGGCCUGGUGGUGUCUGUGCCGAGCCCGACUGACUUGAGUGCGCUGUGGUCUGUGCCUGCUGAUGGCUGCUCACCUCUCUCUGCUGCUAUCAUGUUUUUUUUUCUAUUGCUGGUGUGCUGACCACAUGGCACUAUUUUAUUUUUUUUCCUCCCUAAACAAAAACACACACAAAGCAAAAGACGCUGCUGGACAUAAAACGGACCCAAUCACCUAACGGACGACUUCAUUUAUCUCCGUUUUCCUACCCCCCCCCCCCCCCCCCCCCCCCUCCUCCCGAGGGCUCUACAAAUGUCGGACAGGCUGCUUGAGUGAUGCUCUCAAACCAGCUGCCUUCUGCCUCUUCUCGCUUUUCUUUACGGCUUCGUGUGACGGCAUGUGUUCACUAACCCAUGCUCAGACAAUAUGCACUUUUAUCAAAGAGGGAAAAAAAACCUAAAACACAAUGAGCCUUUUUUUCUUUCUUGGGUUCAAAUUUAGUUUUUCUUGCAUGGUGAUUUUUUUAUUUUUAUUUUGCUGUGUUUUUAUAGUUUCUCUUCAGGCGAAUCUCAAAGACGGAUCAGUUUGAUGUGCUCACUUGUAUGCUGUCUUUUUUUUAUUGUACAAUCCGUUUAUGGGACUCAUGAAAACAAACAGGUGGUGUGUGUGUGUGUGUGUGUGUGUGUUACACCGUAAAAGCAAACGGGUCAAAACUGCGCAGGAAUAUAAUGUAAUAUCUGUUCUACUGAAGCAUCGAUCAGGAACCUGCUGCAAGUUUGUCCCAAAUCCUCCCGUAAACGUGAGCUCCUCAGUGCGUCGGUGAACAUUGUGACUCCUGGCUUCAGUCGGGAUCUUGGUAUUUGUGUGUUUGUGUUUUCUUAGUUUCUUAUCCUGUGGGUGCACGUGAAACUGGGUGAGCGUUCAGUGUUGGACCGUGUUUGUUCUUCGGGUUUUCUGUGAAAGACUGCAGUACGUGUUCCAAAUCCAGUCCUAUGUAAUGUACAUAAAUUAAUAUAAAGCAAAUUAAAUCAAUUCUUCUAAAGAUUUGUAUAAAACAUUUUAUAUGUAAAAUACUUUAACAUUUUUGAGUAGGUAGUCCUCCGGCUAUCGCAGAUAAGUGUAUAUAUAUACAUAUAUAUAUAUUUAUAUUUUUACAUGUAUAAAAACACUGUAAAAAUGUUGUACAUGUUUUUUUUUUAAAGGAUGGGCCAAUUCAUGUUUUUUAUGUUAUUGUAAAGAUCCAUAUUUUUGUAUUGCAUGUGACUACCAUUCUGUACACAUAGUUUCUGUUUUCAUCCAUGGAAGACAAUAAAAUGGGCUUGUCAUGUAAUAAA